AUGGAGGUCAGGCGCCACUACGAGGUGCUAUGCAUUGCCAACUUCAGCUCUGCCGAGGAGGUGCGCGUCGCGUACAAAUCGCUCGCCCUCAAGUACCACCCUGACAAGAACUUGGGGGACCCGACAGCGGCGGAUCGCUUCCGUGCUGUCUGCCGUGCUUACGAGGUGCUUUCGAAUGAGGAAGCGAAACGCAAGUACGACCUCCAGCUGCGCGUUGCCCUAGCCCAGCUUUCUCACCAAACGUGUGGCAUAGCCGGUGCUUACGGAGGCGCCAAUCCGCUCUGGAUGAACAACCCCACUACUACAUCGGACAUCUAUAGGGAGCUGUACCAGCGACAAGCCGCACGGGUCGGUGUGCGCAGCCGCACCUCGUCGGCACCUCCGAAGUACGGCAAGAAGGCCGCCUCGCAGUACACCAAGGAGCAGCACGAACACUUUCGCAAACGAGAGCGGGAGCGGCAACAGGAACUGUGCCGUCAAAGGGAGAAGGAGAAAAAAGAGCAACGUGAUAGAGACCGGGAGGCGCUGCGCAAGGAGCAGGAGCGGCAAGAAGAGUUGCUCCAGCAGCGAUGGCGCCAACAGCAGCUGCAGCAUCAACAGAAGGUGUACCUCACACGCGGCUCAAGACGAACCACAGCCGCAGCCAACACUGCAUCAGCGUCGACCACCACCACUAGCGACUCCGCAGCUCAUGCCGAAGGCUGUAAUGGCGCCUUACCUCGCACGCGGCGUCGACCCUCACGUGUGCUGACAACGCUAGCCCGCAACGGUGCCUCUACCACUCCGCGAACGUGUCAGCUGGACUCGCCAUUUUCUCCGUCACCACAGCUGGCCACCAACCUCCGUUGUGCCCAGACAGGCGGGUCUGGGGUGCCAUCGCCGUUAUCCGCGUCGCGGGAGGUGGAGGGUGGGUCGUCGACGGACUGGCACUCGCCACUCACUACAUCUGUGAACAACAGCGGUCUGGAGGAGGGACUGCCUCGCUCUAGCACCCCCAGCAGCGACGCCCGCUCAGACGUUGAGGCCGAGGUGCAGGCAAUGGCGCAACAGACGGGCGUAUGUGAUGCCAUCCGCACGCCGCGUGCACCGCUUUCGCGACCUGCGUCUGGCGCCGGUGGCGCCAGUGGCGUAGAUUCACAGUCAGGAGUGCCUGCGCAGCCGAGCACCCACACUACGGCCGCCACGUGCGAGGACCGUGGCGACGGAGGCGCUGCAGCGGGCUGUGGGGAUGACCAUCACACUCCGUCGUCCUCGCGCCGUCCGGCGACACGCAUCGCGACGGUAAACGUAGCCUCGGUGCGAGCCACGUCGUCCGGCGCCACAACGCCGCAUCAGGGCGGAAAAUCUCGUGGCUUUACGAGCUUCCUAGCAGCAUCGGCGGCCGCACCGUCUUCUUUGAGGGCAUCGCCCCGAGGACAGGCAAGCACUCCGCGUGGCUUCAGUGUUCAGGCGACGGUGAACAGGCGCAGCCACAGCUUGUCUGCCGGAGUAACGCGGUCCAGGGCCAAAGCAAGCCGUACCCUACCCAGAAACGGCAACAGCUUUAACAACGUCUCCAGUCACAGCAACUCUGCUCACGCCUCCCUUCUUCACCGAGUGCGUCCCAUGACGAGUUUGGCGGAGGAGGAUAAAGAGGUACUCGACAAGAAGCGACGAGGGCGACAGGUGAGAGAGAAAGAGAGGGAGCGGGCGACUCAACUCACUGAGGCGGAGCGCCAUUUCCAUCGACUGUCUCCUGUUGCGAAACAGUCGUGCGAAGGCACUGCCACCCUCUCCGCAGCCGCAGUCGCUGGAAAAGCGAAGGUGGAAGAGUCGCUGUCCUUUGAGGGACAACUGAGAUACCUCUUGCAAGACGAGGCGAAUGAGCGGGAUCAGCUGAUUGAGAGAGAGGAGCAGCUCGCGUGGCGGCGCCUGCAUCGCCAACACAUGGCAGUGACUCAGGCUGUUGUGGUGCGACGCUGGCUCGCCGCGCUCCCGAGGGAGGAGGUGUUGUGGCGCAACGGUCUGCUGCGAGUAUACAAGGCAGAGCGUGACCACUACUUCUUUUAUUUCUACGAGCGACUUGACCGCCUCUACGUCGAAGCCCGUGAGGGACGUGAUAGACGCCAGCUGGUGGGGCGUGGCGCGGCUGACAAAUACUAUUUACAUCGGGCCUCGCAGCGACGCACCUCCAUGGCAGCUGGGGAGGGCUCGCAGUGGAGCUGGUUCUCUGUUAGCGCCACGCAGAUGCCUUUGGGCCAGGGCAUGCCGGUCGCAGGGGCGGGGAACCGCGCGUCCGUGCCCACAGCAGAAGCGAAAGAUCGCUACCACCUUAUCUCCAGAAUCGACGAGGAGGCUGAUCAUUUUGAAGAUUGGCCCGAGGCCGGCUUGAGGCUCGCCGGGAACCAUCCGUGGGACCAGAAACCGCUGCAGAGUCAUCAGCGGCGCUCGGCCGAGUGGCUGCCAUCGGCCAGCGACUUGCUCCCCUACGAGGCCCCCGCUGCCGGGUCCAUUAAUGCCCUGGGCGCAAAGAGAAGCGGCGCCACAAGCGCUGCCAGUCCGGCCGCCAUGACGGGUGUCUCUGCGUCAGGGUAUCCGGCGUCUUUCCUUUCGGCGACCAGCACACCGGAGAGGGCGGCCACGACGGCGGGCAUACUGCCGGGCGGUAGUGCCUCCGUGAGGGCAUCAGCGCAAGCGAACUAUUACGAGUUCUCCAAGCAACGCAGCUCGUCUGCCUCGGUGAUCAACCCAGACCUCACUGUUCUCAGCGCCGUAACCACUGCCAAUGGCGAGCCGAAUAUAUUGCUGACUGAAGCGAGGCGGCGCCUAUUGACGCUCUUGAGCGACGAGUCUCUCCAGCGCGCUCUGCUCGUGAAGCAGCAGCAAGAGGAGGAGAUGGCGCUGCGUCGUCGGCGCGCUAUUGCCCUGCACAGUGUCUUUGCCAAGGACAAGGAGAAAGCAGUCAAGCACGCGCAGCGCUGUGCGUUUGUGGAGGUGGCGGUCCUCAAGUCUCAACUAAGGACGCUUCAGCAGCAAAUGGGGCGCUCCUCGUCUUCACAUAGAUUUGAGGGCGGCUCUCCCACCGCCGCCUCCAGGGCAGAUUCCGGGUCCCCCACCAACUCCGUCUCUUUUCCACUGGAGUCCUCAAAAGCGUCGCGCCAUAGGUCGCCACUGCCCUUACUGCCUAGAUCCACGUUGGAAGCCGCUACAGCAGCGCGUGCAUCGUUGUCCGGCAGGGCGCGCGCGUUUUCUGCUGCGAGCGCGUUCACUUCCGCGACGGUGCUGAGCGACUGGACAACAUUGCCGGACUCAGACGUAGAGGAUGCAUAG